CGUGCCGCCGUGAAAGCGCACCCGCAGGGCUUCCAUCAGCGGCGGACGCCCCCGUGUUGCACAAAAAAGACGCGGUCUUCCUGGGCGAGGGAAGCUGUAGCGAGAGAGAAACGGCUUCCAACCUCUCUUCCUUCGUUCGUUGGCUGUUCGCAGGCCACUCCACCCCGCCGGAGGGGUCGGCGGGGCCCACUGUAUAAACAGGAGAACCCUGAAGGGCGGACGUCGCCGUUUGGGGAGGAAGCGAAUCUGGGCGGGGACGUAACAGAAGUUCCCUCCACCAGCAGCGGGUUUUGAAGAACCUCGGUGGCGGCAGUAAACCAUCGCCUCUGCUUUCUCCCGCCCGACCCUGCCUCAGAGAUCAGUCGAGUGCAGCAGUGGAGAAGCCGGAGGCGCCUCGCUUGCAGGAUGGUGCAUUCAGCCGAGCAGACGUCUCCUAGGGCAUGAGCCCUCUACUACUCCUUGAUAACCCCCUCGUUGUAUUUGUUGUUGAAUUCCUCGGUUCCAAAUCUGACGAGGCGGACCAGGAAGUCGGCGCUCCAAAGAGACGCGGCUUGCGGGGCGUGCCUCCCGCUAGUGUUUCUGAUUUGUGCAGAAACAUCUCUCAACAGUUCACGAGAUUCGACGUCUCUGGCCUGGGCGGAGGCAGCGUCUCUCCGCGACCUCAUCUCCGACAGUGCUGCACCGAACCUUCAACCGGUGCGGAGGAGGGCGUCGCUGCCGGUGCCGAUAUGCAGGGAGGAACACCCGACAGCCAGACGGAUUGCCUCUGUUGCCACCCCGUCGGGGUCGAGGCCAUGGACGUGCGGGAAGGCGGCGGCGAGUGCGGGGUUCGGAGUGAAGCUGCGCGCAUUGUGUUCGCGAACCCCCGACCUCCGCUCGUGAGCGCAUUCCGCGGGCUAGCACGGAAGCAGCCGGGGGCACCCGGCAAAAUGAAGGCCGAAGGCUGACUCACGUCAUGCCGCGCAAGAGGAGGACGUGGCAAUUCUGUACGCAAGACGGUGCCUGCUGACGCGGAAUGUCGCGACAGCUCGUGACAUCGCGAGCGUGUCCGCAACUCAGUUUCCUUCACCGCCUCAUUACGUAUUUCCUCCUCUUUCCGAGUAUUAAAACAUGUGG